AUGAAAACGACGUCGAUCGCUAUCGUAUUUGUGCUUUUUUUCGCAUCGGAGGCAUUGGCUCAUUUGGGGUCAAAACACCAUUCCAUUUGGAGAAAAGACCCCAGUGUUCUUUUCCCGCUAUCAUGGCAGUCUUGUGGAGUGGAGAGCGAUAGUUUUCAACUUAAUGCCCUUUCAAUCAGUCCCGAUCCUCCAAUUAGAGGACAAAAGUUUACCCUUUCCAUCAAGGGCCAUCUUAGCAACGCCAUCGGGCCAGAAGAUGUUGCAAAGGUUGUCGUGAAAUAUGGCGGAUUUACCCUCGUUUCGGCCCUAUUCAACAUUUGUGAGAACUUGGGAAAACUCAAUCCAAGCGAAUUCAAGUGUCCCAUUUCGGCCGGGCCAUUCGAUAUUUCACAUUCUGAAGUACUGCCAAUCGAGGUGCCUCCGGGGAAAUAUAAUAUCCACGUGGAGGCAUUUUCUUCCUCUCAAUUUUCUGGAAUCUUUUGUCUUGACCUAGACUUGAAAAUAGGCUCCAUUAAAGGUCCCAGUUCUUGCAGAUCCCCUCAUCAUCAAUUGCCCAAGAUAAGCUUGGACCAAUUGGUCACAUUGAGAGACGCUUUGAUCGAUGCAGCGUAUGAGAUUGAUGCCAAGAAUUAA